GUUGCGACGCUGAGUUCAAAUUGGAUCGCAGAUGCACCAACUGUUUAGUUAAUGGAAUUGAGUGUACAAACAACAGAGUAAAGCAGAGAUCUGGACCCAGAAAAAUACACAAUAAAACCAAAGAGGCUAUUAAAAGCCUGCUAGAAGGAAGUGGCGCGUUCAGCAAUCUUCGAUUAGCCACUACGACCCACAACUUAGGUGGUAUAAUCAAUCCUGCCACCUGCGAGAAAAGCUCAAUCUCGCUAAGUGAGAUUCGACCGUACCUCACAAUUUAUAAAUCCCGAUAUUAUGCACUCUGGCCAGUCCUGUCUGCUGAUGAUUGUCUGAACAUUCUCAACGAGAGCUCAGUUCACAUAAACGAUAGCACAUUUUUCAUACUCAAUGCCAACAAUGCGUCGUUGUACGCACUCUCAUGCGCCUUGUGCGCUGUAAUUGCAAGACACACCACCCUCUGGUCCCAGGAGGAAUUUGAUACAAUGGCUCACUUAGGGCUCAAAAGCUGUCCCCCACCAGAAACUUACGUAAGGGAGGCAGAGCGAGCUAUCUACAUGUUUGAGCUUGACGGAAUGCUCACGGAAGACCAGGUUUUAACUAACUUUUUUCUGCAUAUAUAUUUUUCAUCCCUUGACGAGGACAACCUGCAGGAAUUGGUCUAUCUCAGACAGGCAAUCAGCUGCGCGCAAAUGCUUCACCUUCGAGAUAACGAAGUUUUGGGAGAAUCGCCAAAAGAUACAUCGCACAGAUUUAAAAAGAUCUACUACUUACUUCUCAUCACAGAGAGGUAUGUCUCGUUCAAAAAACAGCUACCGGUAAUAUUGGAGCCAACAAUGCCACUUCCCAGUUUGGAAGACGAUGAAGCCCCGGAUCUGCUACCUGGAUUCAUCGAACUUGCGCAAGUAUUCAGUGUUCCUGAUUGCGCGUUCUUUAACAAGUACUCGCUCCGUGGCACGACAGCUGCAUUUGAUCCUUUCAGCGAGAACUUCGACCUAAUGUUCAAAAACGAAUGGAUCCAGGACGUGCAAACGAAGCUCUCUAGGUCUGUCGUUCAAGUGCGCAACCAGUCUCAAAAGGUCAACAUAUUAAUUUCUCGAACAUGGUUGCAAUCAAUUGCCUGGUUAAUGGCUAAGGAUCGACUUCUUCUAACGCCUACAAGUGAUCAAUCCAAUUUCUUUGAUCCAAGAUAUCCGAUUCAUAUCGCAAAAGACUUUCUGAUACAGACUAAAGACUUGCCUUACGAGGCGUUUGAAACAAACGGUAGUGGUGUCAUCGUGAAACUAAGCGAAGUCGCCAACGCCUUGCAAACCUUCAUUCGAUUGGCUCCAGGAUCGCCCGAAACAGCUUUAGCGUUAGACGAGCUUGCAUACAUCCACGGUAUCAUCAUGCAGCAGAACUCCAACAGUUCGCUCGAGCCUCUCAUACACCCUAUCACUGAAACUUUGGAAUCUCGCAGGUUCAACUUCUAUCGAAACGGCUGCGACGUUUCUUAUCCAAAAAUAGAGUCUGCAGACUAUGAAGAGAACGAAAACGACCAUACACCAGAAAUCAUUGCCUCCAUGCCGGAGAACUUGACUCUGACACCUCUUUUGGGCGAGUUCGAAUUUCCAAAGUGAACAAAUACUGUCUCCUCUUCAACUAGCGACAAAUUUCACCGGCAUAAUAGCAUAUCAUCAAAUAAUUAGGAUUGCUAUUUUGUGUCAACUAAGGCGCACCAGGUGUGUAAAACGGCGAAGCAUUAGGCCCUAGCUGUCCGAGAAAAAAUGAAGCUGUACCCUUUGAUGUAGUGGGCUCUUUGUGUGCUGUGAGAGGAUAAAGUUGGCCGGAUGACACUUUUUCCAAAGAUGCAAAUAGCGAGGAAGAAACAUCCAGUCGGAUACCAGAUGUCUGUCUGUGUUGCAAAUUCGCUCUUGAUCCAGAAAAAGAAUUGCUGAAAAUAGCACUGUCCUGUCUCUUAUUGCAGCGUACUAGUGAGCUUGAGCGUGUCAAUGCAGGUUCAUAAUAAGCAAAAUCAGAGGACAGCUCGUGACGUGUUUCUCGCAAGCCAUUCUCUUUCCAAGACUCGAGGAGAUUAGAGAUUUUGGCGAACAGGGCUCGCGGCAAGUCCAUUCCUGCUUUGUACUUCAACACCAUGUCGAAUACAGCCACCAUGCGUUCGUAGGCCAGCUCGGUGGUUGCUGGGUCAACAUAGCUUUUGAUCACAAUGUACAGAGAGUCUGCUAUCUCCAGUAGUUUCAUUGAGAUAUCGGGUCCGUUGCAUCUAAAUGCAUGAUCGGGGAGAUUCUGUAGACUGCUGAGAAGCUCAUUUGCAACUUUUAGAGGAAAGUCAAUUUUGAAACAUUCGUGUUCUACCGCGGUACUCUCAUCAGAAACAAUUAGAAAGUUCGCAGACGCAAUUAGCCAGCCCAAAGACUGGAGCCAGGCUUUUGAGACAAUGACAUUCACUUUUUGAGCACUUGUUGCAAUUUUAUCCACAUCAAUUCUGAUUUGGAGCUUCUGUUGGAGUUCAAGGAGCCAGAGCCGUUUCAACUCUGUGGAUCCGUUCAAGGUAAAAUCCUGAAACAAGUUGGUCUCUGGAAUCUGGAACAUGUUGUGGGUGCGCCCUGUCUCGAGCACUUUAGUAUGAAGCUCAACAUAGAAUUGCUUAUCUGUUGCACUGAAAAUUGCACACAGAGUGGUGAACCCGUAGAGUGAAUUUGAGGAUUUUUCGAAAUCUGCCUCAGGGAGUGGGAUUGAAGGUUCAAGAAGAAUAGGCAGAUUAGUUUUAAAGCUGACAAACCUUUCAGUCACCACGAGCAGAUAGUAGAUUUUUUUCUGUCUAUGAGCCUCAAAGGGUGACAAAUGAAGCAGCGAUUGGGGUUCGCGCAUUUUCAAGACAUCUGCAAAAGAAACAGCUUCA